GAGAAAUAGGAGGCGAACUUUUCUGGAGCAGGCGCUCGAGAACUUGCUCAGGCGCGGCAGCUUCUCUCUCUCUCUCUCUGGCCGCCGGGCAGCCCUCGGCCCAGCCGCUGCAGGGAAGCCCCGGGCGCCGCCCUCUCCGGGAAGCGAAAGCGAAAGCGGGGCCGGCUCCGGGCUCAGCCUCGCGCCAUGGCAGGGGCGGCGUGGCCCUUCGCCGUGCGGGUCGAGGGGGCCUGGGGGGCCGCGGAGCCGGCCAAGAGCGUGCGGAACAAGCUCCUCUGCUACUUCCAGAGCCGCAAGAGGUCCGGCGGCGGCGAGUGCCAGCUGCAGCUGCGCUCCGGCCACGUCUUGCUUUGCUUCGCGCAGGAAGAAGUGAGGCAGAGAGUUCUAUCCCAAAAGAUCCAUGAGCUUGACUUGACUGGAAAAGAAAAAUUGGUAUUGAUGGUUGCGCUGCAUGAAAGAGCUGAUGCCUCUGAAAUGGGUUUGUCCACAGAGAAGAAUGUUCCAGAACAGGUUUCUGAAAAAGAAGAUUGUCCGGAAGAGAUAGGUAUUCAGGAGGGCUCACAAAAAGGGGACCUCGCAGCAGGAAAUACUUCAACCGGAAUAAAUCCAUGUAAUGACAAGAAAAUGUACGAUGUCCUGCCAGCGUCCUCUCUUGUUGUUCUUGAAGAUGUCAAAGAAUUCAUCACACAUGACAUGCUGACGCUACUGGUGGAAAAUGUCAUUUGGCCUUCAGGUGGAAAUGACUUCCGAGUUGAAUUGAUAAGGGAGAAACAAGCUGCUGUGCUAACUUUUCAGCAAAAUAAUGAUGCUGCAAACUUUAUUCACAGAUGUGCCCAGAAUUCAAGGUUUAAAUCUUUCAAAAUUACUGCUAGGUCUCUUGAACUGACAAAUAUGAUUAAAGUUGAAAACAUGCCUCCUGGAACUUGCAAAGAUUUUGUAGUUCUUUACUUUGAAAGCCCAAAGAAUGGAGGAGGACAAGUGUCCAACACUGAAAUGUGUUGUGAGGAGGAUUCUGCCAUCAUUACUUUUUGUGACCAACAAGCUGUGCAGACAGUACUGGAAAAGCAACAUUAUUUUGAAAAUAACCCAGUUUCAGUUUAUCCAUACUAUAGUUCUUUGAACACAGUUUUGUAUGGAAAGGAGAGGCCACAAAUCAAAAUGCCAGAGCCUAUCAGUGUCCCCAUAGAUCCUUAUAUCUGGCAGUUCAUACAGACACAGUAUAAACUACUGGAGGAGAUAAAUAAAGAAAUGGCAAAUUGUUUCUGUGAGCUAACGUGGCCUCAAGUGACUUGCCAGCAUCCAGAGGUCACGAUACAUCUUUCAACUGCCUUAUCUAAGCAAUCAGGGUCUAUGUUCAAAUCAUUCAAGAGUUGGAAAGACAAGGCUUUCAUGGAAUUUACAUGCAUCAUGUCACAGUUCAAGACUGCUAAAUGUAAAAUAAUCCCAGUGGCAUGGGACACCAUAAAAAAUACAUUGAUAAAGGGUGAUGUUUUGGCCAUUCCAGAUGUUCACAAAGAAACUGUUACUUUGGUGGGUUUCGUAGUCAUUGUAGAUGGCAUGGAGAAGAUGAUACAAGAACACAUAGAAAAUGUUACCAAAGACGAGGAAAGAACAAAACAAACUAUAAAAGAAACCGUGGCAAUUGCUGCAGUCCACUAUGCUGUUUUGCAGCAUAUGUUACUAGAAGAGAACAUCUAUAAAAAGAACCCAGAUUUAAAAUUCUCUUAUGAUUCUUCCACAAAAAUUCUGCAGUUACAUGGAAUAAACACAGAAGUGUAUAAAAUGAAAAGCAUCAUCUUGGAAAGGUUGCACAAAAUGGAAAAGAAACAAGUGAGCAUUCACUCAAGUAUUUUUCAGUUCUUACAGUAUGCAGAUAGCAAACAAGUGUCCAUGAAAAUAUUUGGUGCGAAUAAAAUUAAUGCUUCCUAUGAGCUUGCACCUGAUUGUUUUGUAUUGGUAGGAUGUUCUCAUGAGGUUCUCCGGAAAGCGGAGGAACAGAUGAAGAAAGACUUGGAUCAGAAACAGAUUGCUUUGGAGGACCAAGGAAUCCUCAAGAAAAGGGAGUGGAAAGAACUUGUUAAAGAAUUACUGAAGAAGUACAAUUCUUCUGAAGCAGCUGUAAUAAUUAAUGACUGUCUUGAUUUAGGACAAGAUGGAAAAAUAACUGUAGUUGGCUACACAAAAAUUGUAUCAGAAGUUUAUCAUGCACUGUCUGAGUUUAUUGGAAGAAACACUCACAUGAUAAAAGAAAUCUCAGCCAGGUGUGUGGCUGUUGUGAAGUUUGUGGAGGAGGAAAAGAAGGAAGUUUGGCUCAACUUGAGGAAGAAAGGUGUGGAAAUUGAGUUUGGCCCACAAGAUAAACGUAAGAGCAUUAUGCUGAGUGGACCCAAAGCAGAGGUCCCUGCUGCGGCCGCUGAGGUUGAACAAUUGCUGUCUUUGGUGUAUUCUCUCAGUGUGGUGAUUGAUAAACCAGGAGCAAAAUCGUUUUUCAAAACCCGAGAACAUUCCUACACUAGUGAAGCCAAACAAACCUAUGGCUGUUUGAUAAGACUGCAGAAAGAUGAAGAAAUUGAGGGCUCUAAGGAAAAGAUAGGGCACCCCCGCUCUGAAAUAAAGUUAAAAGAUGGUGUUGUGAUAACAGUUAGUAAGGGUGAUUUGACCCAUUAUCCAGUUGAUGUUGUAGUGAAUGCAUCGAAUGAAGACCUGAAGCAUAUUGGGGGCCUUGCUGAAGCUUUGUUAAAAGCAGCAGGCGAUGACCUGCAAAGAGAAUGUGAUGAACAUGUGAAAAAGUUUGGACGUUUGAAGCCUGGCUAUGCAGUUAUCACAGAUGCUGGGAGGCUUCCAUGUAAACAGGUAAUUCACGCUGUUGGGCCAAGGUGGAAGGAUGAAGAAAGAGCCAAAUGUACACUACAGUUAAAGAAAGCUGUGAAGGAAAGUUUACGUCUGGCAGAAACAUAUAAUCAUCGCUCAAUAGCCAUCCCUGCCAUUAGCUCUGGAAUUUUUGGAUUCCCACUCAAAGAAUGUGCCCAUUCCAUUAUGACAGCUAUCAGAGAGAGCUUGGACGAAUCUAGUGAGAGUGGAUGUGUGAAGAAGAUCUGCCUUGUGGAUGUAUCAGAUAACACAAUUCUGGCUUUCACUGAUGCCAUGAACGAAGUGUUCAGAGAGAGAUUUCCCCAACCCAAAUCACUUCCUCCUCAAAAGGACAAGCAGCCCAAAGCCAUCAGAGAAGACCUUCCUGUGAUGUUUUCGGCAGAAGGCUUGAAACUCAUGCUUGUGAAAAAAGGCAUUGAAGAGGCUAUGACGGAUGUUGUUGUAGGCACCGUUGGCAGAGAUCUAAAGCUUGGUGUGGGUCCACUUUCCAAAGCUCUGCUGAAAAAGGCUGGUCCUGAGUUACAAGCUGAGUUUGACCAAGUGGUCCAGGAAGGACAACAGGCUCAGGCUGGCUGCGUGUUCCAAACCGGUGGAUACAAUCUGCCCUGUAAAUAUGUGCUGCAUGCUGUGGUUCCUUCAUGGAAUGCAGGGAAAGGAAAUGGAAUUAAGGUUCUUCAAGAUAUCAUGAAAGAAUGCCUGGAGAAAACUGAAACACUGUCUUUAAGUUCUGUCUCAUUCCCAGCAAUUGGGACUGGAGGGUUUGGCUUUCCUAAAUCAGAAGUUGCAAAAUUAAUGUUUGAGGAGGUGCUUCAGUUCAGUGGCAGGAAGAAUCGGAGGUCUCUUCAGGAAGUUCAUUUUCUUUUGAAUCCAAGUGAUGAAAAUAACAUAAAGGCAUUUUAUGAGGUGUUUGAAUCCAAGUUUGGGGAAAAUCCUAAGUUUGUGCCCCCAAAGGAUGGACAAAGUGCAGGUUUCUUUGGACCCAUUUCAACCCCAGUUUUGGGAAUUUAUGAAAUGCAGAUUGGAAACAUUAAAUUCCAGGUUGCCACGGGAGAUAUAACAAAGGAGAAUACAGAUGUUAUUGUAAAUAUAUCAAAUACAAAUUUUAAUGCCAAAUCAGGUGUCUCCAAAGCCAUUUUGGAAGGUGCUGGACCUCAAGUAGAAACAGAAUGUGCGUUACUUGCUUUGCAGCCUAACAAUGGAUUUAUAACCACUCAAGGUGGCAAUCUGAUCUGUAAGAACAUUAUUCACCUUAUCCCUCACUCUGACAUCAAAGCUCAGGUCUCCAAAGUGCUCCAGGAGUGUGAACUGAAGAAGUACACAUCUGUUGCCUUUCCUGCAAUUGGAACAGGCCAGGGUGGUAAGAGUGUAGAGAAUGCAGCUGAUGAAAUGAUUGGUGGAAUGGCUGACUUUCUAGGCAAGAAAUCACCUCAACACUUAAAAGCUAUUAAAAUAGUCAUUUUUCAGCCACAUAUGCAAGAUGCCUUUUAUGCCUGUAUGAAAAACAAAGAAGGUUCUGCAUUGCCCUCCUCAGAAUCCCUGUUUUCUAGAUUGAAAACAUAUAUUAUUGGUAAGAAACAGCCUGCCUCAAGGAAACGUGUGUUGGUUCUGGAAAAGAAAUCAGAGGUUGCAGUGUUUGAAAUUUGUGGAGAAUGCAAAAAAAACAUAGAAGACACUGAGGCCUGGUUAAAACAACUGAUCCUGCAAGAGCAAACAGAAAAGCAUAUCCCUGACAUGUUAAUUGAAAUGUUUAAUGAAGCAGAAAUAAAGCAACUGAAUGACCUGCAGAGAAGAUUACACAUUUCCAUUCAUCUGAAUAGAAAGCAGUCUCCUCCUUCCAUUAUAGUGUCUGGCAUCCCUCGAGAUGUCCUGGAGGCCUUCACGGAAAUUCAGAAACUGAUCCAAAGAAUGAAAGAUGAUCGGGAAAAGCACUCCAAGGCAAAACUUGCUCAACAUCUGGUUGAAUGGCAGUAUUCACCAAAAGGAGAUCUAUUCCUACCUUUUGAUUUGCUAGACAAUCUCCAUUUAGAAGAUGCUAAAAUUAAUAAUACUGAGUGGGUGAAGAUCAACAUUGAAGGAAAGAGCUGCAUGGCAGAUGUAAAGAACAUGACUGCUACAGACAACAAGGGGAAAAACAUAAGCAUUCGCCGCAUCGCAAAGGAGGAAGGUAAACUAUUUCUAGGACUUCCUAAAAAUUGGGAGGAUAUGAAUGGAGCCUUGGUGAAAAGUGUUUCAUUGCAGCUUUCAACAACAGAAUAUCAAGAUGUUGAAAAAAAAUUUCGGGCCACCUGUCAUACGCAGAAAAUAGAAAAGAUUGAAAGGAUUCAAAAUCCUUACCUUUGGCAAUCCUAUAAAGUCAAAAAGGAAGCGAUGGAUAAUAAGAACAGCCACAGAAACAAUGAAAAGCUUCUGUUCCAUGGGACUCCCAGUUCAACAGUAACCCCAAUUAACCAGACUGGAUUUAAUCGCAGCUAUGCUGGAAAGAAUGCUGCAAUGAUUGGAAAGGGCACCUAUUUUGCUGUGCAUGCCAACUAUUCUGCGAAUGAUACGUAUUCAACACCAGAUGCCAGUGGUAGAAAAUUUAUGUAUCUUGCUCGGGUCCUCACUGGAGAGUUCAGCACUGGGCGACAGAACUACGUUACUCCACCUUCGAAAAGUCUUGGUGGGGUUGACCUGUAUGACAGUGUAACUGACAAUUUGAGCAAUCCAUCCAUGUUUGUCAUAUUUCAUGAUGCUCAGGCUUAUCCGGAAUAUCUUAUUACUUUCAGAAACUGAGCUCCCUUUCACUAGAAGAGCUUCCUUACCCUUUCCUAGAAACUUUUGAAGUUGCAAUUGGAAUGCAAGUAUCUCCGUAAAAAUUAUUUUUAAUAGAAAAGUCCAAAUAAUUUUGACUGAGAUCCUACAGAAAUCUGGUAUGAGAUUUGAGGAAGGAGUUCCGUUGUGCCCAUUUUAGCUGUUAGCGUAAAGUUCUGCCAUGCUUCAGGGCAGUUUGCACAGGGUGGGGUAGUGUGCACUGCUAAUAUUCAUCAAUUGCACCAAGGGAGUGCAUAGGGAAACAGCUUGUCAUAUGUGCCCAGUGACAAGGAAAGGGUUAAAUACUUACACACACCCUGAAGAUCAGAGUUAGGUAUAAUACAUAGUUCUGCAUCCCUUGCUUGUGCUGUUUGUCUUACUUGGCUGAGAGAGGCUGAGGAAAUGUUAAAGCCAUCAUGUGCCUGCCAUUUGCAUCCAUUAGACUGUCAUGUCUGUUUCUGGCCAGUUAUCUUGUACUCUCUUUUUUCUUUCUUUUGGAGCAUAUUGGCAUAAUAGCCAUUUGUUUUUUGUGAGGCACUUUUUAAUGAGAAAAAGUAUUAUCUUUCUGGAGGAACUUCAGCGCUGAGGCCUUGUUCUUAAAAUAUACCAGUUUUCAAAAGUGAAACCUUGCUACGUUUCCUCCUGCAUCUCUCUCAGGACUUACGAAGCAGUGGGAAGCUUGUGGGGGUGGAGGGAAGUGCCCACCAUUCAACAGCAACAGUUCAGUUGACCAGAGAAAGACACAAAAGCAGGCUUAGCUGAAUAACAGCAGUUGUAGAGAAAUCAGUAGGUGAAGUAAAUAAAGAUGGGUAUCCAUGUUAAUCUGUAGCAGUAGAAAAGGAGUCCAGUGGCACCUUAAAGACUAACAAAUUUUUGGCAGGGUAUAUGAUUUUGUGGGCCGCAGCUCACUUCUUGUGGCUCUUGAAAGCUCAUGAUCUGCUGCAAAUGUUGUUAGUCUUUAAGGUACUACUAGAUUCUGGUUCUUUUCUGCUCGAGUAGGUGAAGCAUUUCUGAGGGCUGAAAUAAAUAUUAACUGCCUAAGAGCCGAAAUAAAUAUUAACUGUCUGUUGAGAAGUAGGUGUUUUAGAAAGCCGAGCUUUUUAAGGGGGAAAUUAGUAAGAACAUGCAUUUGUGCUCAGGUCUCUAAAACCUCAAGAGGCGCAGCUCUGCUCUGCUCUCUAAGGAUUUUGAAAAUCCCAAGAAUGCUGAAGGGGACUGCAGCAAAACACACAGGGGAAGUGUGGGCUAGCUUUUCUCCAUGCACUGCUUUUCUCCAUUGAUUUAUUUUUUUUUUUUGCUCCUGUUUCUUGCAAUUGCUUCUGGACAUAAGUUUGUCAGGGAGGUCGGUUGGAGAAAAGUAGCCAUCAGUUCAUUCUGCCAUCUUGUGUGUAAAGAAAGAAAUAUCAAGUCUUUGAUCUUCAAAUGUUCUCAGAGCUCUCAGAGUUUAAGUGAUGUUCUUUCCUUGACAGUUCAUCAUAAUGCCAUUUAACUGACAUUUCCCCCAUUUCUUAUGUGACAUUGCCAUGUUUCAAAUACCUGACAAAAUCAAUAAAUUCUUUCAAUGA